GUUUUCGGUUGCAAGAUGAUAACAUAACAUGGUGUUAGAGCGAGUCCGUUCUUUGGAGGACAUUCUUCACCAAAGUAAACGAUUUCGACGUCUUUCCACGGAGAAUAUUAUGCUGAAUACGUGUCUACCGUUCAAGACCUUCAGUAGGAGGGCAUUCUGCGUGGAAGCAGCCGAUUUCCACGUCCUUCCAAUUUUUAUACAAUCUACAUACGUCAUCGAAGAAUUUAGAGAAACUUUGAAGAUCAGACGUGACAACGGAAUAAUGACUUGAGAGGCGGGAGACUUCGCCGACCUGGCUGCAAUCGUCGAUUUCGAAAAGCCGAGGCACUGGAUCAGGUGAUAGCUUCGUCCACGCUUCCUUAAAUUCUUCUACCA